GUGUGCGAGGGGCUGAAGCUCAGUGUGUGUGUGACAGCAGCAGGAUCAACACACACACAGACACUCACAGACUCACUCACACACUCCUGGAAUCACCGGUAACUUCUCCCGUUAAUCCGCCAUCAUGGACCUGGACCCGACCUUCGUUAUUCCCGCCAUCCUCUUCACUGUCGUGGCCAUUUAUUUCGCCUCGUCGUUCCUCAAUAAAAAGCCCGACGCCUCCGCCGCCGCUGCCCGGAACAAGACGCCCAAAGUCGGCUACGGAGACGACGUCCCUCCGUCCAGAGCUCUGGGGCAGCCGAGCCGACCCGAGCCCGAAGUGUCCCCGAGGACUGAGCCUCCUGCCCCGGCUGAGAAGAUCCAGGUCGUCCCGGUGAAGGUUGAACCAGAACCAGUGAAAGAACCAGAACCUGUCCCAGAAUCAGAGCCUGUCCCAGAACCUGUCCCAGAAUUAGUCCAAGUCCCAGAGACAGUACCAGAACCAGUUUCAGCACAAGAAGUAGCUGCUGUAUCAGAAGCUGUUCCAGAGCCAGAACUUGGGCCUGAACCAGUGCCAGUACCAGUUGAAGUCCCAGAAGCAGUUGAAGUCCCAGAAGCAGUUGAAGUCCCAGAACCAGUUGAAAUCCUAGAACCAGUUGAAGUCCCAGAAGCAGUGUACGAAUAUGAUCCAGAACCUGUGGUGGAAUCUGAACCGGUACCUGAAGUGGUCCCAGUGGAGGAGGAGUCUUUACCUGAGCUGAUACCUGGUCUCACAGAAGAAGUCCUGCUGACCCCUGAACUCUUGAUUGAGAAUGACAGAGAACCAGAACCAGAGACUGUCCUGAACAACGACGAGGCUGCAGCUGAAGAUCAGGUCAAGUUCACUCCUGGAAAGAAACAGAGCAAGUUCGAGACCCUGAUGACCAAAGAGGAGAUGGAGGAGGAGCAGAGGAUAGAGCUUACACCCGAUUUUACUUCUCUAUAAUCCACCUCAGCUGAGUUAGGACGAGAUGGGUGCAACAGGAGCAGCUGGCAGCCAUCUUCCUGCUGCUGAGGGAGAACCAGGAGGCGCUGGGCGAGGUGACGGAGGGCGACAUGGAGGAGCAGCUGAAGCUCUACUCGCUCUGAGACAUAUCAAACCUCCGCACAACCCAAUGUAAAAUAUCGGAAUUGAAACCUGAGGCGCUGAUUUAUUAUCGGAUUAUAUUAAUUUAUUUUAUCUGAAUCUGUAAAGGACCGAACGUAUCGUGUGUGUGGAGUAAAAAUAUUAAGCAGCACAACAUGUAAAUACUCACAUGAAGUACAAGUACCUCAGACAUUUGUUUUUUCGCUGAAAAAACAAAUGUCAAAGUUUGAAUUGAAUUGAAUUCAUUGAGAAUGUCUUUAUGCUAAGCUAAGCUAAGAGGAAUGAUUAUUUGACUUUCUGAUGUUAAAUAAAAUCUGUGAACAUUAGCUACACUGUAAAAUAAUCUCAGUCACAUUUAUUCAUCGGACUGAACUCGAUGACACGUCUGUUUUACAGCUUGUUAAGCUUUAAAUGACGACAUAAACAAACAAACAACAGUAACAUGGUCCCAAGAUUGUUUCAUUAAAUGUAAAUUUUCUUUGGUCACAUAUGUUGAUCUUUGUUUUUGACUUAAUUCACAUAUAACUUGAAAAAAACAUUUUCCUGGAAUAUACGGUUUUAUUUCUCCUAAAAUAAUUCAAUCUUUGUUUUGGCUUUUUUGUAAUGAUAUUAUGAUGUAUAUAAACUAAUAUUCAUUCUUUUCAUGUCAAAAUAUUUUUACCAUGAAUUAUUAUUAUGAAUUAUUUUUAAAUGUAGUUUUUACUGUUAAAAUCUUGAGGCUUUUGAAAUGUAACAAAUUUAUAUCAGAAUUAUUUGACAUUCUCCUUAAUUAUUAGUUGAGUUUCUAAAAAGACCAAAAUAUUCCUCUCAAUUAUAUAUUUUUGAAAAUAUAAAUUUUAUAUCAAAAUAUUUUAACUUUCCUGAAUAAAAUUAUCAAAAACUUCUCUUGACUAUUAGAACUUAAAAACUCCUCAUCUCUCAAAUUAUUGCAAGUAUUUUCUCAGUAUUAAUGAAUAUUAAGACGUUUCCUUUGUUAGGACCUUUUUCUGAGAAUAUUAUUACUUUACUAUUUUCUGUCUAAGGGAUAAAGAAUUUUCUAGCUUGUAGAGGCGACUGUUACUGCUGCAUUCUGGGUAACGUAGUGUCCAAGUGAUCCCCGACAGUUCUUGGGGAUCGUGUCGUCCGUCACUGAUGAUCAACGACGUCAUGAUCUUUUUUUAACGUAUACAAUUCAACCAACUAUAUUUAUUGAGUUUUAUUUCAGAUUUUUUCUGAAAUAACUUCUUUCUGGAUAAUAAAAAUAUGUUAAAAAACUUGAUGCUGUGGAUUUAUUCUGAUGACAUAAGGAAAAACUCUUGAUUCAGUAAAACGAUGCUAAAUGUUUGUGUUAAUUGUUGAUAUGUAAAAUUCAAACUGACAUUUAAUGACUUCUAGAUGUAAGUCUGAGUAUUUCUACCUACUGAAUGGAUUUAAAGACUCUUAAUGUCAGACGAUUCAAACACUAAUGGAAAAGGACUAUUAUUAAAUAUAAUUAUUCAAGUUCAUCAGGACAAUAAAGUGCAGCUUUAAA